UUCCGGUAUUAUUUUCAAUAGUGUUUAUUGUUGUUGCGUUUUGGAGUUUGGUACAAAAAUAAAAAUCUAGUAAUAUACAUGGAAUUUCCAAAAUAAAACUUCGCAUAAUACGUGGAGAUGUUGACUCAUAAGACAUUCAAAGAGCGGAGAACUCUUGAUCAGCGGAGGAAAGAUGUUGCUGAAAUACGAGAGAAACAUCCAAACAAAAUUCCAGUGAUCAUUGAACGGUAUGAAAAUGAGAAAAAUCUACCAUUACUUGACAAGACUAAGUUUCUAGUGCCAGACCAUGUCACCAUGGGAGAACUUGUAAAGAUAAUCAGACGAAGAUUACAGUUGAAUCCUAAUCAAGCAUUCUACCUGUUGGUGAACCAGAAAAGUAUGGUUAGUGUAUCAACACCAAUAGCGGAGGUGUACAGCCAGGAACAGGACAAUGAUGGCUUUCUUUAUCUUGUUUAUGCAGCGCAGGAAACAUUUGGAUAACUAGAAAGGACUUUUUGAAAUAUGUUUGUAGAAGUUCAUUGACUCAUCAGUGAUAACUUUGGAUAUUUCAACAAAUUCAUUCAUUGUGAAAUCAUUUUUUUGUCAUUUUUAAUUGAAAAAAAGUGUCUAUAAAUCUAGUAUAUGUUCAUUUUUUUAAAACAAAUUUUUAAUAAAUGAUAAUUUUAAGGUCUUUAGAUGUAUACAUUUCAUAUUUCUAGCUUAAAGAUUGUUUAUGUCAGUCGCCUGUGAUGUAAAUAGGCAAUAGGCAACUGGCUAAUCAUACCUGUUGGUCUCCCUGCUACUUUGCAGACUGUCUUCAAAUUGAUAAAUAUUUAAAAUUUAAGUUGUAAAGGAGGGUAGUCCAUUUGGUUGGGGAGGGAAAAGGUCAAAGUGAAUCAUAUAUACUGUAGUUCACACAUGAAUCCUGAAGAUAUUCUAUUAAUGAAUGUGAUAGUUUGUUUGUCUUUUUUUACAUUUACCUUGCAAAACAACAGCAGAUAUUUCAUUUUCAAAUUCAUUUGGAUUUUUUAUUACCUCAUUGUCAUAACUUUUUAUUUGUGGAUGAUAAACUUUGAUACUGAUUUUGCUUUCAAUUUGUGUUGAUGAAGCUGCUUUGAAAUAGUUUCAAAAUUACUAAUUAGUUGUAAUUAUUUGUUAAGUAUUAUGUUCUUUAAUUAGCAACAGGGAAUCUGGGUUUGGAAAAGUUUGAAAGCCAAUGUUUGUGGGUAUGCUGGCAUCGUUCAUCUCCAAAAUGGUGGAGAACAUUCCUCAAAGGGCUCCCCCACUCCCCCCACACCCUUACAUUUAAUAUUCAUAACUCUGCUGAAAUACAUCAUAAUGUAUGCUUCUGAGAGUUAGUCAAUGAUCCUGAAACCUAUGUGAAAACUUAACAAAAGGCAAUAAAACAAGCUCUACAUUUGGAUAUUCGGCAAUAUUAACCGAAGGUAAAAUGUGUUUUAAUCAAAAUAUAUACACACCGGUAAUUGUCAAUGUUUGUUUAUCGCGAUAUAUUAACCUGUGGUUGCAAGUUUGGAUGCUAUUUUCAUAGUUGUAAAGAUUUACUGGUAGAUAAGCUCAUUGUCAGAUACUUGAAAGAAACGGAGGACGAACACAUUCGGUCGUCUCACGGCAAAACAAAGUAACUGUUAUAUUUUUGUGCAGUUACAUUUUUUUACCUUGGAAUGGCCACUUGAAAAAAAAAGAAAAAAGUAUUUAGUAUAAUGGCACCUUCAUAACACUGUUUUAUUCUCUCAGAUGAACUACUGUUUAUCCUGUCAAACAUAUACAUAUACUACAUAUUUCAAUUAUAAAAAGUUAUAUCUUUUUAGUACAUGAUCUAGAUAACAAGAUAAGCAAAAUGUUUGGUGGGGCAGGGAGAAGUGCGAGUUCCAAUUAAUAUGUGUACAUUCUUUUUAAUAUUGUAAGCUAAUGUAACCUUGUUUUUUUGGAGUAGGAAAGCAAACUUGCUUAUAAUUUGAAAAAAGUAGGGUAAAUUAAGUACAGUAAUUGGAAUGAUGUGAGCAAAGAUGUAAACCAUCCGAAAGCAGGAACAUGCUGGAAGGCGGAAUUCUAAACAUUUUCACAUGCUGCUUAUUAUAAAAUCAUGGUUGAGCAAUACUUAUCACCUGGUAGGUUUAAUUAUAUGUAUGCAGCAUGCCAUGCUGACUAUAUAUGAGUAUAGAGAAAAUAUAUAUUUAAAGUGUAGGUGAAUGGGCAUUGCUGGGCGCUUUGUAAAUAUCAACAACUGUAUGUUAGUUUUUGCAUGACAAAACCAAAUAAUUGUUGAAGUUUUGAAAGAUGUAAUAAAUAAAUCAGUAAUGAUGAUAA